AUGUUCCGCUCUGGCUCCCCCUGCCCCGGCUACGUCGGCACCCUCAACGUCCGUUCCAGCUACACCGUCCCCGUCCCCGCCUCGGCCUCGCCCAUGUGCGGGUUCAUGCCUCGCCCCGGCUUCUGCUCCGGCCCCAGGUCGGGUGUCCUUGUCGGCGGUGUGUUCCACCGCGACCCGUCCUGCCGCUACGCGCAGUAUGGCUGCGCCAUCCCCGUCGCCCUCUGGGGUGAGCGUGACGCCUGUCGUGGCGAGUGCCCGCUUUGUGACAUGUCCAUGUAA